GUGGGCUGUGUUAUUGCUUCUCUGAAAAAAAAUUGCGUAUUAUUUUCGCAAUUAUUAUGUUUUACUAAUUUAAAAUAUUAAAUGCAGUAGACAAAUAAUAGUGAUUGCUGUUAUAAUAUAAAUUAAAAGCAGAUCACAAUGGCGAUACUGAUAUUUUUUAUGUUGGCAACUAUUCUCCCAAAUUUAAAUUCAGAAUAUAUUCCACCUGGCCCACUAUACCCUUGUCCAAAAGAGUCCGACAAUCAGCUCCUGUUUCCCUGCGUAUGUCAAAAGGGGACAGAUGCAGGUUUGCACAUUAAAUGUGAGAAUACAGGGUUGGCAGUCAUGAGUGUUGGACUGGGGAAUAUAGCUAGUUUAGGGUUGCCAGUUGAAAGAUUGGAAUUAAAAGAAUGCAAAAUAUCCCAUCUCUUCGGCCCACUCCUCCAUCGAUCAACAGUACGAACGUUACACAUUAUCGACACACCCAUAAAGUCAAUAGAUGGUUACGCGUUUGCCGGUGUAAACAGAACUUUACAGGAAAUAUAUAUGGUCAAUACAAGGAUCAGCCAGUUUCCAAAGGAUGCUUUUAAGAUUCUAGGUAACCUAACAAUCCUGUCAAUAGAUGGACACAGUAUGACGUCACUCAGCAAGGACAUUUUCGCUGGUAGCUUGGCUGUUGGACGGCUGGAGAAGUUGCAUCUCGUAAAUGGCUUGCUGUCUGAUAUUCCCGUUGAAGCCUUUCAACAUUUAAGAAAAUUGAAAAUAUUAGAUCUACACGGUAAUAGAUUGGUCAAUCUGAAGAGGAAUCAAUUUAAGGGACUACGGGACACGGAAGUGUUGGAUUUGAGUUACAACCACAUCACCAAAUUGGACGGAAGCCAUAUCGGUGAUUUGACUAAACUCGGAUGGUGUAAUGCGAGUCACAAUCAACUUCCGGAAAUACCGAGAGGUAUGUUCGCGAGAAAUACGGUCAUAAAAGUUGUACAUUUGGACAAUAAUAAGAUUAAGAAAUUGGACACGAACAGCUUCAGAGGGAUGAGGUUUUUGAGACGUCUGUACCUCCAGGACAAUCAAAUAUCAGACGUGGGCAGAGGGACGUUCUCAGCGGUGACUCGCAUAGGAACAGUGGAUCUGGCGAGGAACUUCAUUACGAAGGUCGAUUACCAGAUGUUCCAGCAGGUCAAAUAUGCAGAGCUAAUCAAUCUCGCAGAGAACAACAUAACGUUGAUCGACAAGCAAGCGUUCACUGAUUUGUACUUGGCCGUCGUGAAUAUAUCCCACAAUUCUCUGUCGAGAAUCGAACCCGGCGCUUUUCAGAACUGCAACAACAUGACGCUGUUGGAUUUGAGUUUUAAUAAUUUGAAAGAUAUCGAUAAGAAUGCGUUCGAUGAAAAUACGUACGCGAAUGAACUGCAAGUUUCGCACAAUGAGUUCACUAGUAUGGGGCAGAUACCGAUCCACAACAUGACAGGUAUCCGUGUGUUGAACGCGUCGUAUAAUUUCAUAACGACGAUACCCAAAGCGACGUUUCCGAAGCUGUACGAGCUGCACACGGUCGACGUGUCGCACAACAACCUCACGGACAUAUACAACGCCGUCUUCCAGAACUUGUUCUCUAUAAGAUUCCUCAAUCUAAGUUACAAUUCGUUGGAGCGUAUCAAGCCAGCGACAUUCGGUACGAUACCGACGGUCCUGGAGCUGGACCUGUCGCACAAUAAAUUGCAGGACGUCUCUCGCGGUAGUCUGGCGAAGUUGGCCAGUUGCAGACUACUGGACAUCAGCUAUAACUAUCUUACCAAGAUCUUCCAAAUACCCAUUAGUUUGGGCGAACUGAACUUCGCCCACAACAACCUGUCGGAAAUCGCGUACAACACGUGGCCGACGAUGAACGCGCUGCUCCGGCUCGACGUGUCCGCGAACGCGCUGGCCGACCGCCUCACGAGCUCCGCCUUCGCCGGCCUGCUGACGCUGCAGUCGCUGGACCUGUCGAGCAACGGGCUGACCAGGCCCCCCUGGGAGGCCUUGAACACGUUGACCAGCUUGCAGUAUUUGUAUUUGCAGUACAAUAACCUCACAUCGCUCUCCAAAUCCGCGUUCGGUAACUUGCCCACAACAUUCAAACUCGACCUGUCGUACAACCAGCUGACGGACUUGGGCCCGAGGACGUUCAACGGCAUGCAGCAGCUGUUGGAUCUGUCGCUACGCGGUAAUCAACUGGAGAGGAUACCGAACGAAGUUUUCAAAGGAUUAGUUUCUUUAAGGAAAUUGGAUCUCUCUUACAACAAACUGGACAAGAUAGACAACAAAACGAAUGGACUUCUAGACGACUGUCUGUCACUGGAAAUGGUGAACCUAAGCCACAAUCAAUUCGGUUUUCUAACAAGGAAGAUGUUCCCAUCGAAUCCUUGGAUACCGUACAGACUCAUGGAAGUCGACCUGAGUCACAACGAGAUACCGGUUGUCACGUUUGACAUAACUUUUGGCGGGAAGAAAUUGAAAAAGUUGAAUCUGUCCAACAACUAUAUUAAUGAUAUUCGGAAUAAUGUACUAGGUAACUUAACGUCAUUGGAAGUUAUAGAUCUGUCUAAUAAUCAGCUGAAAGAUCUGGUAUCGAGGACGUCGGAUACGACUUUCAAUCUUCCAGACAAUAUAACUGAGAUGUAUCUACAGAAUAACACGCUGGAAGUGUUGCCAGUGGACAGUUUGGUGAAGGCGAAGUUUUUCAAAGUGUUGGACGUCCGGAAAAAUUAUCUGACGAGUUUUUAUCCGGAAAUCGUUAAAAUGAUACGAGAUAACGGCUUACAAGUAUAUUUCGAAGAUAAUAGACUCAAAUGCGAUUGCUUCACUCGUCCUCUGAAGCAUUACAUACAAAAAUUACCCGCGUCGGUGUUGGCGGAGGACAAUAAAUAUAAAAACAUCACUUGCUUCGAGCCGCCGACAUUGGAAAACGAGAACUUCCUGAAUUUGGACGAGGAAAGAUUAUUGUGCGCCAGCAACGUCGAGUUGAACGAUAAAAUAAGGAAUUAUGGCAACACUGAGUACGAUUUUACGUCCGAACCUGAUGUCUUGUUCAGGGAUGUGCAAUACUCACAGACGUCAAUAUACGCGCAUUGGUAUGUACCGACAGCCGACGACGUCGCCGAUUUUUAUCUUUACAUAAGGGACAAAAACAACACAUUGUACUUCAGCCAAGAUAUUUCCUACACCCUCCGUUCCCUGACGAUACCGGUUGAAAAAUAUUUCAAAGCAACAGUCCAAAAUGGCGCCGACAUUUGCAUCCAAGCGAAGAGUUCCAACGGUUUCGCGCGCAAAUGGUUUGACAGCCAAUGUCAAAUAGUCCCGUCGAACUUCGAUUCAUGGCCGAAGAAAUUGACAGUUGACAAAAGGAGGUUGUCGAAAAAGAAGGUCAAGUAUGGUUGGUUCGGCAAGAAUAGCGUGCUUGGCCUAGUAAGCGAUUCGAUUUUGAUAACGCUCUGCAUAUUUUUAGGCGUUUGUUUUAGGAGAUUAGCUGAUUUGGAUAUUUGAUUAUUUUAUAUAUAUAUUUAUUUUGGAAAAAACUAAUUGACCUUAAGAGGUUUUGACUUUUGCUUUUAUUGAAAGACGUAGUUUUUGUGUCUCUUUCUAAUUUAUAUAUUUGAUAACAAAGAGACUCCGAGAAAAGUAUGAUACGUUUAUUGGUUAAGCAGGAUGAUUAGUACCUUGCUUAUUAUUAUUUGAAAAACCGUGAAAAAUUCGUGUUUAAAACAGAUCAAAAACGUUUAUUUUAUUCCGUCCAUAAAUGCGGCUUUUGCUGUUUAAAAUACUCAUUAAUGACAAAUUUACUACUUAAUUCAUACACAUAUUAUACAAUUUUAUUAUUUAAUUCAUAAAAUGUCAUAAAAAAAAACAUUUUUGAUGGUGAGUUCGGUAUUUAAAUGCAAAAAUAUUAAUAACAACAAAAAUCGUUCAACAUAAAAGACAUUUAAAUCAUCAAAAAGUUGCGAUAUAAAUAUUUUCUUAUAAUACGGAUCCUCAUUCAUUAUUUAACGAGGGUUGCUCAAAAUAAUUUCCCGCCAAUUGCUCUGUCACUUUGACAGUUGAAUAAUUCAAAGUCAAAAUAUGAAGUUUUAUUUAUACGUAUUUAAACAAAAAGACAACUAUUAUUAUAUUUUAAGGAUAUUCUGAAAUAUUUAUGAAUUACAUUACUAUAAUUAAUUGCAUCCAAAUAAUGAUACUGCCAUAUUUUUAUUUCCUGUCGAAUGUCACAAAAUAUGAUAUGUAUUAUCAGUCGUCUUUAGAAAAACUUUUGUACUUAAUUUUUUUUUUCAAAAAUGACUUGGGCUUGAUUUUAUUAUGCCCAAUUUGUAAUAGCCUUAACACUGAUUCUAUUACCAAAAACUGUUAAACAUCACUUAGUGUAAAUACUUAGAAGAAGAAAUUUAUCAAUUGUAAAUAAUUCUGAAAUUUCAUCUUACAAAUGUAGAUUACAUUUGUAAGAUGAAAUUUCAGUUUACAACUGGCAAGUUUACGGGGCUCAAGCUUACAUGAAAAGACAAACACAAUACAAAUUAUUUUCUUUAUUAUAUAUAAACUUAUACAUUAAAUACACCAUGAUGUACAAGUCUUACAGCUAUCAGCGAUCUCUUCCAGACAACCAUGAGGUGUGGAUACGAUCAAAAUAACUUCGUUUAAUCUCCCUUAAUUACUUUUUUUAUCGAUAAUAUUUACCGAAAUAACUUUAAAAAAUAUAUAUGUUAACGUACAACAUUCCUAUGCUAUGUACUCUUUUCCAAAACGAUUAAUGUAAUAGCAAUAUGGUAAUAUCUGCAUUAGUUUUUUUUCGCUUUUUUCCCUAAGGUAUCAAUCACAAGAUUUUUUUUUAUUUACAUUGGAAUAUUAUGUAAUACAAUACUCCCUCGGUAUAUAUAUAUAUAUACCUUCGACUUAAUUUUGUAGAAUAACAUUUUUAAUGAGUGUUUUGCGUUAUCGAUAUGCGCCAAUUGGGACGCCAUCUUUGUGUCAAAUAAAACAGUGCGGGACGAAGUUUUCUGUUGAACUUUUGGAUACUUUUCUCCGCAAUGACAAGGCAGAGGGGCUGUGAGGUUUCCUCGCAAGGUCAACGACGUAUAUCCACUUUUUGAGGAAGAAAGAGUCGUAAAUAAUUGUAGUAGUUGAUAAAAUCGUUAGUUAAAUUAUUAUCUCAUAAAUCGCAUUAUAGAAAUUUCAGCAUGACUAAAAUAUUACAAUCACCUUUCAAUUCGUUCAAAAAUAUAAAUUAAAUUACAGUGCGUUUAAAUUGAGUUGCGUGACUCGGAAGUGAGUCUUUUCAUCGUUGUGCAAUUUAAAUUAAUUAAAUAAAAAUCAUUUAUAAUUUUAAAAUUAUUUGAACAAAUACUGUUAUUGUAAAAUUUUUAUUAUUCGUCUAGAGAGACUAUCAAAGCUGAGAACCUUCGAAAAAUAUAGUUACCAACCGUUGACCACUAAAUACACGCACACUAGUACAGUAGUAUGACGUUUGGAAUGUUAAGCGUAGCAGUCACUCACACCAAGAUAAUAAUAUAGCUUUUCGAUUUGAUACUAAAAAGUACAUACUUAUAUAUAUAUUUUUGGUUAAAUUCAAUUUCCCUACAAGUUACGUUUCUUUUGUAAAACAGUAAAAAUAUUGUAAAACUAAGCAUAAGACGGCUGACGUAAUUAUAUUAUUGUUUACAUUGUAUUGAAAAUUAUAUUUUUUUAGGUUAUGUUUUUUAUUU